AUGCAGAGGUGUCUUUUUCCCAUUGUAUUUUGUGCACUGGAACUUUUUUCUAUUGUAGGUACUCAGCAGGCAUUCGGAUCUGUAUCGUAAAUUGCCAUCCAGAAAAUUAUUCCCCAUGCAACGGAUGCAAAUGCAUUUGCUCUUGCUCAAGGUCUCAACCAAAAUAUUGGAAAUUUUCCAGUCAUGCGAAACCUCGUAAAUAAGUUUUUCAAUCAGAAUAAAGCAGGAAAACCAAACCCAAAGACAUUGUCGCUUUAUGUCAAUUCUACGUACAGCAAGCAGAAGCUUAUCGCGCUGGUGAAUAAUAGACAAUCAGUCACUCAAUGGUGGACACAGGACUUGAUACCAGGCAUCACAAAGUUCUUCGAUAAGCCUACUGCAAUCCUGCACCGAGACCUCUAUGCGUACUUUGACAGCCGAUAUGCUAACGACUUCCUCUAUACCCUGACCUACUGGUACUUGACGGUUCUCAUGAAGGUCGCCGAUCUUCCUGAUGAUGAAUAUUAUGUUUUUGCGGAUAUCAUCGACAACAGUCUAGAUGCACGAAUGAAUAAAUCCGAUGCAAUUGCUUUUCAGGUUUACACUAGAGCCUUUGAAGCAAACCACAAUCAAACCCUACAAAAAGGAAAAUGGUGA